CCCUUGUUGUUGCCCCCCCGUGAGGCGGAUCGCGCUGUGGCGUCGGGUGCCGGCCGCCGCCGCCGCAGGAGGGACCGGGCAGGCCUCAGGCCCCGGUGCCCGCUCGCCUCUCGCUGUCCCCACCGGCUCCGCAGCCCCCGCGGAGGGCGGGGAGAUGCAGCCCCCGGGCCCGCAGCCGCCGCCGCUCUAUGCGCCCAGCAACGGGGACUUCACCUUUGUCUCCUCGGCGGACGCCGAAGAUCUUAGUGGCUCCAUAACAACUCCAGAUGUUAAGCUAAAUCUUGGAGGAGAAUUCAUCAAAGAAUCUACUGCAACUACAUUCCUAAGACAGAGAGGGUACGGCUGGCUUCUGGAAGUGGAAGAUGAUGACCCAGAAGAUAACAAGCCACUCCUGGAAGAACUCGACAUUGAUCUGAAGGAUAUUUACUACAAAAUUCGAUGUGUUUUGAUGCCUAUGCCAUCUCUUGGGUUUAAUAGGCAGGUAGUGAGAGACAAUCCAGACUUUUGGGGUCCUCUGGCAGUUGUCCUCUUCUUCUCAAUGAUCUCAUUAUAUGGACAAUUUAAGGUUGUUUCUUGGAUUAUAACUAUUUGGAUAUUUGGAUCCUUGACAAUUUUUUUACUGGCCAGGGUUCUUGGAGGAGAAGUUGCUUAUGGCCAAGUUCUUGGUGUGAUAGGAUAUUCCCUACUUCCCCUCAUUGUCAUAGCACCUGUACUUUUGGUGGUUGGAUCAUUUGAAGUUGUUUCUACCCUAAUAAAAAUGUGGAAUGUAAGGCACAAAGCAAGAAUAACUUGCCUGAUGCCACCUGCUGUUGGACACCUUCUAUGAAACUAGCAACUUUUCCUGAUAGAUCCCGGAACUACAUAAUGUUCUUGAACAUCGCUAGUACUUAAAACCCUUUUAGGCAGCCUUUGAAGUUACUGCUGAACUUCUGGAAGGGUUGACCGAAAAAAAAAUCGGUUGCUAGCUAAGGUGUAUGCUUUCUGAGUUCUUGUUCUGUUGAUUUGAUUGAUUUCUGUCCUUUCAGCUUGCUGGUAAACAGCAUAAUUGAAGUACAACUAAAGCAUAUGAUAAAUAACAAUUGCUGUGUUUGUGAUUUGGUAACUUGCAAUUACUAGUAAGUGAUACAGUCAGAAAGCAAAUUAUUAACAUGCCAGUUAACUAAUAUAUAACUUGAAAAUAAAUAUAAGUGAAUGAAACCUCUGUUACUUGAUUACUACUAACAGUCUUACAUUAACUUACAUUAACCUGUGCAAGAUUCUUACCUUUGCAUUGUUAGUGUGAAAAUGCAGGACAAGGCCUGGAUGGCCAAAACUGCUCACGCUGAGCAAGUGCUGCUGUGUGUGGCUUGAGAGCUCUGUGCUAGGGGAAGUAUUUAGCAGUCCUAAAGCUGGGGAACUUACUGUGAAAUAGUGACAUUUCAGCCAGUUCUUUUCCAGUUGCAAUCAGCAAAGUAAACUACUCAACUAAUGCACCUCAAUUGUUGUAAUUGCUGCAAUUUUCUUAAUGUGUCCUAGGGAAUUCAGUCAUGAUCUUGACUGUCCCCUUGCCCACCUCUGCAGUCCCGGGUUAGGUAGCAAAAACAGAAGGAUGCGAUCACGUGCAAAUUUUGCUUUUUCUUUUUUCAAUGGCAGUUGAACGGGACACACAAUCCCUUGCUGGGCUUCAGCUCCUCUGACAGAACUGUGGAGGAAGUCUUUUGCUGGGGUCCUAUUAUGUCUGCCCUCAUUGGUCUUGGGGUUUGCAGGAGAUGAUGGUGGUUUUGCAUGUCAUUUGGUUUUAAGUAUUUCUCCUUUUGAUUAAUAGUCGAGGUGCUUCUAAAAGAUAAUGUCUGAUUACUUUUAGCUAAAACCUUAUUAGUUUGAGUUAAGUUCACUGACCUCAAAACUUUUUUUUAAAGUAUGCAUGCUAACUUCAUAUAACAUAGUGGAUAUUCAUAGGUAAUGUUACUUUCUACCAGUCUUUUAAACUGGUUCUUUUUUAACUUACUAAGCAAUAUAGGUUUUGUUACAGAUUGUAUUUUGAUAGCUUUCUCACUGCACCUGACAGGAAUAGGAAUGUGAGUUUCAGUUACCUUGAGGUGGGGACACCAUAAAUAAAGUGAAGCUUAUAAGCCAGAUGAAUCCCGAAUUAAAAAAAAAAAGUAAUAUAAUCCUACAUAGCAUGGAAGGAAGAAUCAAGUAUAGCCUACAGAAUGGGAGGAGUUAAUAGCUGACAACAGUUAAGAUAGAAUGGGGAGUUGUUAAUCCGGUCAAAUUUCAAAUGAUAUGUAAGCUUACAGCUUGCUUGGUGCUAUCUAUGAUGUCUUCAAGAAAAUUUACUGUAGAUCCUUAGUUGCUUACUGCAGUAAAAAGGUCUCAAACAAAAAUAACAUACAUAUUUGAUAAAUAUUUCUCUAAACUUAAAUGAAAAUGCAGAGUGUAUUGUAUGUGUGUGUGAAUUCUUCCUCCUUUCCCCCAAUUCUUUUUGGGGAGUUUCUUUUUAGUUAUACUGGGAGAACAACUGAUUUUUAUCUUGAUAUUUGGAGAGAAUUUCUUGUGGUGUCAGCUAAGACUGUUUAUCUUUUUUU